AUGUUUAAAACGUCAACAUUAUUUGACCAAAUACAUUACCAAACCUCAAAUAAUUUAACUCCAAUACGAGACUACAAACAUGAUUAUUUCCAUGAACAAGAUGACAAGUUACCAAAAUUUGAAGGAACUAAAGUAUGGAGAUUACAAUCACUAAAGUAUGACAAGUCACAUUCGAUAAAACGCCCACUCAGCCUCGAAUUAGAUGAUGUUACGGAACCAUUAUCCAUAUCCAUCACUCCGUCAUCCUCUUCAGAAUAUUCUUCGAACAGUACCAUAAAUUCUAAAGAGAGACAUGAAUUUUUUAAUUUAAUAGAAAACUUUCACGAUUCUGAAUUUGAAUUUUGUACAAGUUUAAAACUCGUUAAUAGCGUAUACCGUGAAUCGUUACACCAAAACAAACAACUUUAUACUAAGUUUAUUAAAGACUGUUCAACGGAUGAAUUACUUCUAUUUGGUAACAUUGAUACAAUAUGUUCAAUUAGUGAAAUAUUCGUGACAUCAUUACGUGACAUUCUGACAAUGAAUGAUAUAUAUGAUUGGAAUCCCUCUGAAGAAAAAAAUCAUUCAAAUUUCCAGAUCAGGUACGAGCCAAAGAAGAAUGUUGACAUUGCUUCCGUAUUUGAACAACAUUUGUUUAGAUGUAGUUCUACAUACAUGAGUUAUGCUGCAGGCCAUUGCAAACAAAUGAAACUUUAUGAUGAAUUAGCAGCUAAUAAAAAAUUUCAAGAGUGGUACCAAAGUUGUAUGAAGAAAGCUCAUUUUAGAGCUCUAAGAGAUCUAUUGAAAUAUCCACUAAACAGAGUUGACUCAUGGCUUUCAAACAUUGAUAGAAUAAUAAAAUUAAUGCCCAACGUUCUGGAUACAGAAGAGUGUGAUCAAAUGGGCAAAAUCAGGGACAAAUAUGUUCUUUUUCAAAAGAAACUCACAAUUGAAAUCAGUGACUACGGUUCCAAUCCUGAUUUUGAUUUCACUUUAACUCCAAGUGAAAUUAUUCAGAGCUAUGAUAACCUUGGUGAAAGUAACCCUGAUAAUCAAAUACAUACAAGCGGUAAUUGGAACUCCCAAACUAACGAUAAUCCGAGGCUAACAACUUCAUCAAGUUUUUAUUCUGAGAAUUCUUGUUCAGAGUCUACUGAUCAAUCAACUUCUAAAUAUACUACUGAAAAGAAUUGUACUGAAAAUAUAGCUUCCCCAGAAAUCCAAAGGAGUUUAUUAGACUAUAUUAUUGUCUUCAAGAAGAUGUACCGUAAACUUCAGAAUUUACAUUUUUUCAUGUCGAAAUUAGACCUUUUUACAAUACUAGAUACCAACCUAACGACUCUGACACUUUGGGAAAAGUUGGUGAACUUUGAGAAAGAUGGCUAUCAAUUAUUCCCUUUUGACGAAUUAAAAUUAUAUGAUUUAAACAAAAAUAAACAAAACAUUGUUCAUAUGAAAGAACAAAUCACCGUCCUAUGUCUGACAGAUUUAGAAUUAGGAGUUUUAACUCCACUAAACACUAUCCUCAAAAACUGUAGUUCGAUAAGAGUACAACUUCGAGAUCUCAAAGUCUUAGAAAAAGACUAUGUCGUUUAUUUGAAGGAAAAGAAAAGAAAAGUUCACGAUAUCAAAAGAAAUGUCAUUGGAAAGCAUUAUGAACUGUUACAAUUAAAUCUGAAAAAAGAAUUACCUAUAUUUAUCGCGUUAGCUGAAAGUGUUCUGACCAUAUGUCUCAGUCGUUAUAACAAAGCUAUGAUCGAAUAUUUCAAAAUUCUUUCCGGAGGUGAAACAAUACUCAACGAGGAUAGGGAGCAUCGUGGACCGACUUAUGAUCCAAAUGUCUCAUCAAACCUCGACUUACUUCAAGCAUAUUCAAUUUCACGGUCUCAAGUCAAACGAUUAAUACAUGCUAAUUGGCCAUAUGAUGGACAAGCUAUCAACAGCAAGAUUGUAAGAGGUUUGUUUGAGUUGUGA